AUGCCGGGAUACACUGGAAUUCCGAACCAGAUGGAUUUCGAGUUCGCCGAUAGUGACAGUCUGCUGGUGGAGAUAGAAGAGCAGUACGCUUAUGUCGAAUGCACGGAUUUCACUUUGAACCGAAAAGCCGCCGAGGAGCUUCAAGAACAGCAUGUCUUUGGUUCGGACGAGUACUGGAUUGCGGCGGCGACGAUGCUCGGCAGCGACGACGUCGAAGUUCAGAUCAAAGGAUGCCGAGUUCUUCUUUGCGGGCUUCAAGGAGGAACCACUCUGGAAAUGCGAAACGAGACGAUCGACAAUCCGCAGAAAGACGUCUCGCCGGAAGAGCAAAAAGAACUGGACGCGGAGCUGAUCCACGAAAUCCGCAACUGCAGCUACCAUCUGACCAAGUUGGACUACUUUCACAAGUUCAUGCGCCUCCUGCUCGCCGAGUGCAAGGAUAUUUUGAAAGCACCAAUGGAGGACGACUCAGGACAUCAAGUGCUCAUUCGACUGCUCUUUUCGGUGGUUUACACGAUCGUGGAAAUUUUGAGAAGACCGCCGGCGCCGUCGGACAGCGAAGAGUGGCAGAAAGUGCACUUUUCUUUCAAGGAGAGUUUGCAACACUCGGUCGAGUACAUCGACGAUUUGUUGAUGAUUCUGGUCGAUGUUAACUCGUCGUCGUUAGCUCCUGUAAUUCCGAUGAAAAAAAGCUGUCCUUCUGAUGUGGAAAUUAACAUUGGCGACUUUCGGUGGAUUGAACGAAGCUCACAAGAAUAA